AUGCCACGUCGUGAAAGUUCAGCUCCUUCAUUGCCAGUAAUUGCAACCAUCGAUAUUGGUACCACAUCAGCUAGAGCAAUCUUAUUCUCCAAAGAAGGAAUAGAACUCGCUAAACACCAAAUCGAAUAUUCCACAACCGCAUCAGAAGCACCUGAAAAUUCAGAAAACACCGAACAGUUUAGAAGAAGAUCUUCAUUAAUGAGACAUAAUGAACCAAUAUUUUCAGCUGAAGGUAUUGCUAUUUCAAUUAAUGAUCAUGUUGAAAUUGAAAAUAAUAAAUCAUCUGUUGGACCCACUUUGAGAUUCCCACAACCUGGUUGGGUUGAAUGUAUGCCUGUUCAUAUUUUGGCAAAUGCGGUUCAAUGUCUUGUUGCUUGUUUGAUUUCAUUACGUAAAAUCAAUCAAAAUCCAGAAUUAAAAAUUAAAUAUAAGGUUAAAGCUAUUGGGAUAGCAAAUAUGAGAGAAACAACUAUUGUUUGGUCCAAGAAGACGGGGAAACCACUUAGUGGUGGGAUUACUUGGACUGAUACUAGAACUGCUGAGAUUGUUGAACAUUUAGAAAAAAUGAUUGAUGAAGAUAGAAAGAAGGAAUUAAAAGAGAAAACUGGAUUACCUUUGUCUACAUAUUUUUCAGCUGCGAAAUUAAGAUGGUUAUUGGAUAAUGAUGAGGUUAUCAAGGAAGAAUAUGAAAAGGGAGAUGGGAAUUUAAUGUUUGGUACUGUUGAUACUUGGUUAAUUUAUCAUUUAACUAAAGAAAAAACAUUUGUUUCUGAUAUAACCAAUGCUUCAAGAACCUAUUUCAUGAAUUUAGAAACAUUGGACUAUGAUGAUGAUUUACUUGAUUUUUGGGGAAUAGAUCCAACUAAGAUUCUGAUGCCAAAAAUUGUAUCUUCAUCCGAAUUCUAUGGAUCUUUCACAGCCCCAAAUUUAUCCCAAUUAGGAUUUCAUAAUAAAAUUACCCAAGAAGCUUAUGAUAUUUUGAAAACAAUUAGAAAUGUCCCAAUUUGUGGUUGUUUAGGUGAUCAAUCAGCUUCAUUAGUGGGACAAUUAGCUUUCAGCCCCGGUGCUGCUAAAUGUACCUAUGGAACAGGUUGUUUCUUAUUAUACAACACCGGUACACGUAAAUUAGUAUCCAGUCAUGGUGCAUUAAGUACCAUGGGAUAUUGGUUCCCUACAUUGGAAGGUGAUUCAGGAAAGCCUCAUUUCGCAUUGGAAGGUUCAAUUGCCGUUGCCGGAUCAAUUGUUCAAUGGUUGAGAGAUAAUUUAAAAAUGAUCGAAAAUGCCAAAGAUAUCGGUCCUUUAGCAUCACAAGUUCAGAACUCCGGUGGAGUUGUUUUCAUUCCGGCCUUUUCGGGAUUAUAUGCCCCAUAUUGGGAUCGUGGAGCAAGAGGGACGAUUUUCGGUAUGACUCAAUACACUUCUGCUUCUCAUAUUGCUAGAGCUGCCUUAGAAGGGGUUUGUUAUCAAGUUAGAGCGAUUUUGAAGGCAAUGGCAAGUGAUGCUGGUGGAUCGGAAGAUUUCUUGGAAGAAGCAUUGUCUUCACAACAUGAAGAUAGAUUAUUAUCGACAUUGGCUACUGAUGGAGGGAUGUCCAAGGCGGAUGAGGUUUUGCAAAUUCAAGCUGAUAUUUUGGGUCCUUGUGUUACAGUAAAGAGAGCACAAAUUUCUGAAUGUACGGCUUUGGGAGCGGCAAUCGCGGCCGGGUUGUCUUUUAAAGAUGAAGGAGAGCGUAUUUGGAAAGAUCUUGAUGAUGUGAUUGCUACAAUUAGUGGUGAAGGAGAAGAAAAUAAUGAAUUUAAGGCAAAAAUGGCAGAUGCUGAUAGAAGAAAGAAUUGGAAGAGAUGGGAAAGGGCAAUUGAUAGAGCUAAAGGGUGGUUAGAUGAUGAGGAUUAG